UCUCCUCUUGGCUGUGAGUUCUCCUAUGUCCAGCUUCCGGGUUCAGUCGUGUUCCGGUUGUUGGAAGCAGCCCGGUGUGUGUCAGGGCAGAAUCACAUUGAGAACUCUUCUAAAGCCAGAGCCUACACCUGCUUCUAGGCCAACUGCGAGACUCAGAGGCCGACCCGGGAGAGUUGCUAUACACCUGGCUGCCAGAUGGGAGAACUGAUUCUGUGAAGCCUGAGGUGUCGGACUCUGGAUGGAACCCAUACUCUCAGCCACAAUGCAGUGUCACUUCAGUUAAGAACAUUGUGGCCCCGGAGGCUGUGUAGCCCACAACCUGACAGAACCAUCGGCUGACUUCUCUUAUUCUUGGCCAGUCUAUCAGCAGAGGCAGUACUCAUGGCUGGUCCUCUGUGGAGGGCUGCAGCCUUUAUACAGAGACACAGAACAAGCCUAUUGGUGGGCUCCUGUGCAGGCCUGUUUGGGGUUCAAAUCUCAUUUCACCUCUUCCCAGAUCCCAUAGUCCAGUGGCUCUACCAGUACUGGCCUCAGGGUCAGCCAGCUCCUCUUUCCCCUCAUCUGUGGAGCCUCUUCCAAGAGGUGCUAAAGGACAUAGGUAUCCCUUCGGGUCACUGCUACAAGCCUUUUACCGCCUUCACUUUUCAGCCUGUGAGUGCUGGCUUCCCACGGUUGCCUGCUGGAGCUGUGGUGGGAAUCCCUGCCAUCUUCCUGGGUGGCCCUGUGACCAACAUUGAACACUCUGUGAUCAUACAUGGACAAAGAGUGGAUUGGCAAAGCCCAGCAGGCACCAGGCUGAGAGAUGCCCUGACCCUGUCUCAUAAUGCCCAGAAGUUUGCCUUGGCCAAGGAGGUGGUAUACCUGGAGAGUGGUGUGGCUGCCCUACAGACCCUGCCAGCCCCAGCUUGCCUAGCAGGAACAUGGGCAAUAAGUGUGGGUGCCAAGCAUGCCCUGGGGCUCUACGGAGGUCCCAUGAGCUUGCGAACUGCCUUCAACUUGGUGGCAAUAGUGGUAGGCUAUGUAGCCUAUACCUUUUCCAAAGACUCCCUCACUCUUGCCCUGGAAGGCUGGCUGGACCGCCGCACGGCCUCUCUGUCUGCAGCCUAUGUCCAGGGUGGAGUGGAAUUCUAUGAGAAGAUUCUGUCAGGAAACUUAGCCCUACGCAGUCUUUUGGGCAGACAAGGAGAAAAGCUGUACACACCAAGUGGAAACAUUGUCCCCAGACACUGGUUUCGCAUCAACCAUUUGCCCUACACCACCCGCCGGGACUCUCUACAACAGAUGUGGAGGGCGACAGUCAGCCCAGGCCGCUUCUGAGAAUCCAGGCAACAGGGCAGUCCUGGCUCGCAUAGGCACUGCCUCGUGAUGAACUUGAGAUGAAUCUCUUAGUGUGGUUGCACCCACAGCCCAGGGUCAGAAGAGUGACUGUCUUUGGAGUUAAACAACUCAACUCUGUCCUCGCCAUGAAUAGACUUUGGCUGAGCAUGAGUCCCUAUAUGAAUCUUGAGUCUUGUUUACCUCAACUAUGAAGUGGGGAGGACUGAUUGUAGGGUGGUAUGAGAUUGUGAGCCCAAGGGCCUGGUAGAAAGCAGCAUAAAUAAACAGGGCUUUCUUCCCUA